AUGACAACUCUACGCAUGAUUCUUAUUAGCUAUUUAUUUGUAUUAUUACUGUACCCAUUUGGGAACAGAGUAUUUUGUGAUUCGAUAAUUGAUGGGCCUUUUAAAAUUGUUGUCGCAUUGCCAAAAAAUGCUGGAAAUCGAGCAAAAAAUCAUUUUCAAUUAUCGAUGCCGGCUGCAAUUCCGGUUAUUGAUUUGGCAAUAAAAGAAGUUUAUAAACGAAGAAUAUUGCCAUAUGGAUCUCUGAAUAUUUCAUAUAUUGAUACAAAUUUGUCAGAUGUUCUUGGACCUGUAAGAGUAAUUGAUAAAUAUGCAAAAGAUGAAGUUGAUGCAAUAUUUGGUUUUGCAUAUGCAUAUUCAUUGGCACCAAUUGCUCGUUAUAGUGCACAUUGGGGAAAUGGAAAACCAGUUAUAACAACUAUUGGAUUGGCUGAAGAUUUUGGUGAUCGAGCUGAAUUUCAAUUUUUAACAAGAAUGAUGGGAUCAUAUAGUCCAAUUGGUGAUAUUGGAAAAGCAUUCUUUUUAAGAAACAAUUAUACAAGUUGUUACUUUUUUAUUGAUGAUAAAGUUCAAAUCGAUGAUUCGAAAAAUAACCCAAAAUCUGAAUAUUUAUUCGGAUCAUCGGUUUUGAAAGUGGCAUUAAUGAAAGAAUAUAAAUUCAGUAUGGCUCAUAAGUUUCUUCAAAUGCCUUCUGUAGAUGACUCACAUGAUUAUUUCAAAGAUAUACUUCGUGAAGGAUCUUUUUACUCAAAUGGUACGUUUUUGUUAUAUUAGUUGGAAUGGCUGCUGCCACUUCCAUUCAUUCAGUCACUCAUUUUUUCUAUUUUAUUUUAUUUCUUUUUUCGUUUCUUUGGCAUCUUAAAAUUGUUCCGAUUUGAUGUGUCUCUUGGGAGUCUCUUCCUCUCUUUUUGUCUCAAAAAACUUGAAUUCCAUCCUUCGAAUCUGUUUUUUUUUCUCGAAAGAAACAGAAAAAAACUCAUAGGAAUAGGCAAAAUUGUACUUCGACCCUCGAAAAACCGUCGGUUUUAUUUCAUAUAAACAAUCUCUUCUUUCACCAAAAAAUAAAACUCGCGACCAGCUUAAAAUGUUUUUGUUUGUAUAUAAAUAUAUAAAUAAUAUAAAUAUAUAUUUGAUACUGCAAACAUCGAUACUGGUGUUGAUUUGAAAGUGAGUGAGCAAAGCAAAAAUAGCAAAAAAAAAACGCUUCGUUUUUUGUCGCUUGUUUUUGUUGUUGUUGUUUUUUUCAGUCUUUCCUGUACACACUUUGAUUGACAUUUUGAGAACAAAACUAACAGUUGAGGAAUGAGUGUUAGUUAGAAUCAAUAAAACAUUAAGAGGAUUUUGUCAUGCGAAUUUGCAAUUUGUGACAUUUUUGGACAGCUAGUUUUUUUUUUGAAAAAAGAACAAAUGGAAAAGAAAAGUGUAACAGAGUUGAAAUUUGAGAAGUUACAGUGGUUGAACUUUUGCAAACGUUUCUAUUGCUGAGAAAUUGAUAAAUCAAGAGUUAUUAGUAGCAAAACUUGUUCUAUUCUUGUUUUUUCCGUUCGCUGUCUUUCCGUCUCCAAUUUUAGGAACUGAAAGAAAAUGAUUCUUGUUCCUCUCUUCUUCUUCUUCGUUUUUUCCUAAACCCAUUCGUCAUCGAACCGAAAGUAUUUGCUCUUCCAUGUUCAGUCGAACGAAUAAAAAGAAAAGGAUUGCCCUAUCGGCAACUUCUUCUUCUUCUUCUUCUCUUGUCUCAAUGACACCUCUCUCCUAUUUUUUGUGCUCUUCUGUCCUUUUUCCGGGUUUUUUUCCAUUGCGCGCUGCGCUUUCUCCAUCUAUCUCUCUUUCGUUUUUUGCUUGCUUGCUUGCCAUCCACAGAACAAAUCGAAUUUUCUCCAGAAGGAGCUCAGCGAAAAAAAAAGAAACGCGAAGAAGCAACACGAAUUGCCCUCGGGGCAUUGAUGUACAUAACCCAACAAAAAACAUAGCAAAAAAAAACGAAAAGACUGAUUUGUGACACGCAGCGGGGAAUAAAGAAUAAAAUAGGAAAACAUUUUGCAAACAAUAUCAUUAUUUUUUUUACAGUUAUCAUAUUAUGUGCAUCACCGGAUACAGUUCGAAGGAUCAUGUUAGCCGCACACGAACUUGGAAUGGCAACAAGUGGACAAUAUGUGUUCAUUAAUAUUGAUGUUUCAACUGGGUAUGUUUUUUGUAACUGAAAAAUUGAGAGAGGAAAUAACUUUUAAGGGAUUACCGAUAUUCGUUCAGAAAACCGUGUUCAAAACUUUCUGAACAAUUUAUUGAAAAAUCCGAAAUUAUUACUGAUCCAAAUACUGUAGCAGAAAACAUUUUAGUCGUAAAUUUUUGUGACUCUGAAAAUAUUCAAGCUUCUUCAGGCUGUAAGACUAUAUCAUAGCCGUUCUCCUCAAUUUUCACCUGAUUUUUCUAUUUUAUAGCUACAGUAUCCCUCUUCAUCACAUUCCUUUUUUGGGUAUCUCUAGACAACUUCUCUCCCCCUCUCUUUCCGUUUUUUCAAUCUUCUAAUGACUAUGAUUUUUGACCUGACAUUAGAAAGCAAAGUUUAAUUCACCCAAUUCUUUUUUUUGUCCUCUUUCAAUAUGACAAGUAUAUAAAAUUCAUCUGAAAAUAUUAUCAAAAACAUCUGUUUUCCAAAAAAUUAUAUAUAUUUCUCCACCGCUUCUUUUUUUUCGAUAUAAUAAAUAAGACGAGGAAACAUGGCAAGGCAAUUUUAGCCGUUUUCUUCUUUUUCUUCUGAAAAUGAUGAAUGGGUCGGUCACGAAAAAAAACACUUUGACUGAGCCCCAAGAAAAUGUGUUUAGUUGAAAACGGAUAGAUUCAAAAAGGGACUCUCUCGACUCGCAAAAUAUGUUUUUUUUUUUGGAAAAAAAGAGAGGUCAUAAUGAUAUUUGCAGGAAAAGUGUGUAUUUAAAAGUACUUUUUUUCUGCAAUUAUCUUCCUUUUUCGCAUUUUUAUGUGAAAAUAAAUAAGCAAUGAGAGUUUUAAAACGAAGUUGGAUAAAUUAUUGGGAAGUUAAUAAGUAUAUUUUUCCAGAAAUUAUGCAACAAAACCAUGGCAUAGAAAUAAUGACACUAAAAAUGAAGAAGCAAAAAUAGCAUAUCGAGCAUUGAAAACAAUAUCAUUGAGGAGAUCAAAUAAGGCUGAAUAUGCUGCAUUUGAAACAACUGUCAAGAAUUUAGCUGAAAGUAAAUAUAAUUAUACAAUAAAACACAACAAACCAUAUGAGGUAAGAGUUUUUGUUGAUUUCUUGAACUUCUUUCUCUUCUAGUUUUUUUGUGUGUAGAGUUCAUUAUUUCUAGAUAUCUUGUUUGUUAGUUCUCAUUGUUUUUUUCGCACCAAAUCCAAUUUGUUAUCCGAUACCAAAUUGUUCGAUACAUAUCAGAUUUCUGUGGUUUUUUAGCUUCUUCAAUCUUAUUUAGACUAACAAAAAAUAAAUACACACACUGGGAGGGAUUUUCGAUUUUUUCAGAUGAAUAAUUUUAUCAGUGCAUUUUAUGAUGCUGUUAUGUUAUAUGCGAUUGCUGUAAAUGAAACAAUUGAGGCUGGAAUGAAUCCAAGAGAUGGAAAAAAUAUAACCAAGAAAAUGUGGGGAAGAAAAUUCAAAGGAAUUGUUGGAGAUGUUUCGAUCGAUGAAAAUGGUGAUAGAUAUUCGGAUUAUUCGUUGCUUGACAUGGAUCCAGAAAAAAGUGAAUUUGUUGAAGUUGCAUAUUAUAGUGGAUCAACUGAAAGAUUGGAAACUGUUGGAGCAAUGCAUUGGGUGAAUGGAAAACCACCAAGUGAUUGGCCAAUUUGUGGAUAUGAUAAGAGUAAAUGUCCGGUAGGUUUUUGGAAAAAAAAAGAGUUUGGGAUUAGGCUGAAUUGGACCAGUUUAUUGAAGUUUCCGAGUUUCACAAUGAUUGUUGGAAAAAAUCAACGUUGAGGAAAUCUAGAAACUUUAGUACCCGUAGUUCAAUACCCGUAGAUAAAAUUCCUCCAAAACUUUCGCCCAAAAAACAUCACUGAAAUUGUUUUCUUUUUUGCAGCAAGGAUAUCCUCUCCACUACUAUCUUUUAUUUGGAUCAUUUUUGCUCAUUCUGAUUCUCGUUUGCUUGUUUGUUUUCUUUUGGCGAAGAUAUAAACUGGAACAAGAAUUGGCAGCAAUGAGUUGGAAAAUUAGAUGGGAAGAAUUAGAUGGAGAAGAAUCACAGAAAAAAGAAAAAAAGAAAUUAAAAAAGAAAAAGGUUUGAAAAAUAUUAUAAUUAAAUAUUCAAAUAAUCUAUUUUUUGUUAUUAUAGAAUCAUGAUGGUUUUCUACCAGAAUCAGAUCCUCUUCUUCGAUCGACUUCUAGAUCAUCAGUCAAUUCAGAUAAAGUGAGUUGAUUUUUUUCUUUAAAAUCUGAGAAUAUUAAAAUUGUAAUGUAAUAAUUGCAAAUCUUUUCCCCCACUAAAAUGUCUCUGUCUUUUUUCUUAUUUGGGUCUUUUUCGUGCUAUAUUUUACAGUCCUAUAUUUUUUAAAUACAAAAUAUGUAAAUAUGUAAAUACACACACACAUAUCCACAGUUUGUGAGUUUACAGUUCGACGAAGAAAGUUUAUUACCGAUGAGAAUUCGUUUGGUAAGUUUUAUCUGUGUAGGCCAAGCGUCUUUUUAUUCGAAAAUCGAAACCCUUUUGUGUUCCAUUCAGUUUUCAGCACACAUUUUUUUUGAAUCUCAGCUCAGCACUUUCUUUGUUUUGAUUCGAAAAAAUAAGUUGCAAGAAAUGAAAUCCACCUGAAACCCAAUGUUGCUGUCUUCUAUCGCUUUUUAUAGCUUGCUUAUUAUUUUGAACCUAUCGCGCCUUUCAUACAUAAUAUCUAGGAUUACUGUAUAUUUUUGUUUUGUCUUUGUCUCUCUUUUUCCCUAGCAUGAAAUCUUUUUUCAUCCCAAUGAGAUUUUUCUUCCCCUGAAAAACCCUUUUAUAUCAAUCCCUAACAGGGCUGGAUGGAAUUCGAUUUUUUGGAAUUUCUGGAGGCAUUUCUUCAGACAUAUAUUUUUUGACUUCAUAAUAUCCGUGAAAAUCUAAAUUCCAAUCAUCCCUGAUUCCUAACAUGUUUUCCCUUAAAUAACCCUACUAAUUGCACUUUACAGCCGUCAAAAUUACGUGGUGGGACCCCGAAUAAGAGAAAUGAGUCAAGUUUAAAAGAUGUAAUACUUUAUAUUUUUAAAUCUGAUUUUUAAGUUUUUCGUACAACCUUCCAAUUUUUUCUACUUCUUCACUAUCUUGAUUUUUUAAACCCUUUCAAUUAUCCAUUUUUUGCAUGAUUUUUAAUCACUUGCGAUUUCUCAAAUUUUUUGAGAGCAAAAAGAAGAAACCAUACACAAUUUUGAGUUCCAUAUUCCAAGCUUGCCAAAAUCACUUUGCUUAACCCCAGAACUAUUUUCAGUUUUUAUUUACAAAAGUGUUCUAGAAAUAAAAUGAGUUGUUUUUUCAGAGAUCUUCAAGUUCUGGUGCAACUCGAAAAAUUAGUGCAAUGAUUGAUAGGAAAUUGAGUAUAUUUACAAGAAAAAAGAGUAGUCCAAUGCAAUCAGAUGGAUCAUCACAGAAAAAUGGAGGAUUGACACCAAAUUCAUUAAAACAAGUUGAAAAUGGAGAAUGUUCUCCUUUGAAUGAAGUUCAAUUCAGAUUACCAUUAAAUGAUCGAAGAGUUUCAUCGCCCUCUUCGAAUUCUGAUCCAAAGGUUUGUUUGAUUUUGAAAGAACUGUAAACUAUUAAAUAUAUUUGCAGAAAAAGAAUAGCAAUGAAGAAGAAUCAGAUAACCAAGCCAAAAAAUCAUUGAGUUUGAAAAAUCGAAAAUUGUCAUUUGGAAUGGUUUCAUUUAAAAGUGGAAGUGGUGGAUCGGUUGAAACAAUUGCUCAAAAUAAUACACAAAUUUAUACAAAAACUGCUGUUUAUAAAGGAGUUGUUGUGGCGAUCAAAAAAUUGAAUAUUGAUCAUAAAAGAUAUCCAAGACUUGAUUUAUCACGACAACAAUUGAUGGAAUUGAAAAAAAUGAAGGAUUUACAACACGAUCAUAUAACAAGGUAAGAAAGUUUAUGGGAUUUGAAUUUUGAAAUAAAAUCGUGGCUCAUUUCAAGUAAAUCACAUUUUUUUCUAGUCGCGAAAAAUUUCUUUUUUUUUAUUGGCCCCCGUUUUCAAAUAUCCAAGCUCUUUUUCCUCAUUUUUAAUAAAUAGUGUUUAUUUUUAGAUUCACUGGAGCUUGUAUUGAUUUCCCACAUUAUUGCAUUGUCACUGAAUAUUGUCCAAAAGGUUCGCUUGAAGAUAUAUUGGAAAAUGAGAAGAUUGAACUUGAUAAAAUGAUGAAAUACUCUUUAUUACACGAUUUGGUCAAAGGAUUAUUUUUCCUUCAUAACAGCGAAAUUCGAUCACAUGGUCGAUUAAAAUCAUCAAAUUGUGUUGUUGAUAGUCGAUUUGUUUUAAAAGUUACCGAUUUUGGACUUCAUAAAUUGCAUUCUUUGGAAGAAACAUCAAUGGAAGAAAUGGGAGAACACGCAUUCUAUAAAAGUAAGUGCAAGGAUUUUUGAAAAACAAACAAUUUAUGAUUUUUUUCAGGAAUGCUGUGGACAGCUCCAGAAUUAUUGAGAAUAAGCAGUCCGCCACCAAUGGGAACACAAAAAGGAGAUAUUUAUUCAUUUGCCAUUAUUUUGCAUGAAAUGAUGUUUAGAAGAGGAGUUUUUGCAUUUGAAAAUGAAGAAAUGUCACCGAUUGGUUAGUUUUAUAUUAUUUAAAUAAUCAAUAAAUAAAUAAAAAUAAUUAUAGAUGUUAUUUCGAGAGUUAAGAAACCAGUUGAAUCAGACGAUGAAGAACCACUUCGACCUUGGGUUCCAGAUAAUUCAGAAGGAGAUGAUGCAUUAAAUGAUACAUUAUUAUCAUUGAUGGUAACUUGUUGGUCAGAAGAUCCACAUGAUCGACCUGAAGUAUCACAUGUUAGAAAAGCAGUGAGAAGUUUGAAUCGAGAUAAUGAAACAUCAAAUUUGGUUGAUAAUUUAUUGAAAAGAAUGGAACAAUAUGCGAAUAAUUUAGAAGGACUUGUUGAAGAAAGAACACAAGAAUAUUUAGCGGAAAAGAAAAAAGUCGAAGAUUUACUACAUCAAUUAUUACCUCCAACUGUUGCUGAUCAAUUAAUUAUGGGACAAGCUGUACAAGCUGAAUCAUAUGAUUGUGUUACUAUUUAUUUUUCCGAUAUUGUUGGUUUUACAUCGCUUUCUUCACAAUCAACACCAAUGCAAGUUGUUACUUUACUCAAUGAUUUAUAUUUGGCAUUUGAUGGAGUUGUUGAUAAUUUCAAAGUUUAUAAAGUUGAAACUAUUGGUACGCUCUUUGUUUUUUUAUUUUUGAAUUCCAAUAUAAAAAAAAACAAAUAUUUUGCAGGUGAUGCUUACAUGGUUGUUUCUGGUUUACCCGAAGAACGAGAUGAUCACGCAUCUCAAAUAGCACAAAUGUCAUUGGCCCUUUUGCAUAAAGUGAAAAACUUUGUGAUACGACAUCGACCACAUGAACAAUUGAAAUUGAGAAUUGGAAUGCAUUCUGGUCAGUUUUGAGGGGCUUUUGAAGGUUUUUAAAUUAAUUUCUCGUUCAAAAUUUGAAAAAAAGUGAAGCUUGAAAAUUAUUUCAGUUUUUUAUAUGCGAACAUUUAAAACAAAUUUCAAUGAUUAAAAAAAUGUUUUUCGUCAAAAUGUCUAAUAAUCUUACCCUUAUUUUCAUAUUCAAUCAAUAUUUUGCAGGUUCUGUUGUUUCUGGUGUUGUUGGAUCAAAAAUGCCAAGAUAUUGUUUGUUUGGAGAUACUGUAAAUACUUCAAGUCGAAUGGAAAGUAAUGGAUUACGUAAGUUCUUUUUUAUUAGAAAAAUCAAUAAUCCUUUCAUAAUUUAUUUCCAGCUCUUCGAAUUCAUGUAUCUCAACAAACACAUGAAAUUCUAACACGAGAUGAUAAUUCAUUCCGUCUCGAACUUCGUGGAACUGUUGAAAUGAAAGGAAAAGGAAUGCAAACAACUUAUUGGCUUAAAGGUUAUAAAGAAAUUGAAAUUCCUGAUUUUGGAGAACAAUAUCGAUGA